AUGACUUUUUUUGGUCGAAAGAAGGGACAAGACGAUGAAGAUAUUGAGAAUAGCUCGGGUUCAGGACAUAAAAGAAAUGUGUCCACAGCGUCAACAAUGCAAACCCUUCCAAAACGUCGCAUAAACGUGAAUACUCCACUUCCACAAGCCGAUUUAGAUCAGUAUGGAGAACCAAAAGCACGAUAUGCUGCGAAUAAAAUUCGUACCUCAAAGUAUACCUUAUUAACCUUUUUACCAAAAAAUCUUAUUGAACAAUUCCGUAGAGUAGCGAAUGUGUAUUUUCUUUUUUUAGUCGUCUUACAAUUAUUUCCAAUGAUUGGUGGUGACGUUCAACCUUUAUUAUCCGCCUCACCACUUAUUACCAUUAUCUCAAUGACAGCUUUCAAAGAUGCUUUUGAAGAUUGGAAACGUCAUUCACAGGAUAAUUCCUUAAAUAAAUCAAAAACAAUUCGUUUAAGUAAUUGGAAGAAUGUUAAUGUACCAACGGGACAAAAUACUCGAAAACAAUUUUUGAGCCAAAUAUUUGAUGUCCUUUUUUGCUGGUUAGGUUAUAGAACUAGUGAGAAUGGUAGCGGUGGCGCUGGUACCAGUGAUAAUAAAGGGGAUAGUUUAGAAGAAUCUGAUGCGAAAUGGGUUGAAAGUCGUUGGCAGGAUGUAAAAGUUGGUGAUAUUAUUAAAUUAAAGAACAAUGAUUCUGUUCCUGCUGAUAUGAUAAUUUUAUCCACAAGCGAACCGGAUGGUCUUUGCUACGUGGAAACAAAAGAACUUGAUGGUGAAACAAAUCUUAAAAUUCGUCAUUGCGUUCCUUCUACUGCUUCAUUGAAAUCGGAAACAGAUUGUGAACGUGUUUCUUUCUAUGUGGAUUCCGAACCUCCCCAUGCAAAUUUAUAUUCUUAUACUGGUGUGUUACAUUGGUCUGAUCAACCGGGAACCGAAAGUGGUCAAAAAGUAGAGCCAAUAUCCAUUAAUGACGUAAUGUUGAGAGGCUGCGUAUUGCGUAAUACUGAAUGGGCAAUAUGUUUGGUUAUUUUUACUGGCACAGAUACAAAAAUCAUGUUGAAUUCUGGAGACACACCCAGUUCUGCCAUUGCUGAUUCCAUUUAUUUCCUUGAACCUAAAAGUUCUGCAGACUUUUUUGAAGGAGGUGGUGGUAAUGCUGAUACUGCACAUGCAAGUGGGUUUAUAACCUUUUGGGUGAGUUUAAUCUUAUUUCAAAAUAUUGUACCAAUCUCCUUAUAUAUUACAAUUGAAAUGGUAAAAACGGUUCAAGCGUAUUUUAUCUACUCGGAUGUUGAUCUGUAUUAUGAGAAACUUGAUUAUCCAUGUACUCCAAAAACUUGGAAUAUAUCUGAUGAUUUAGGUCAAAUUGAAUACAUAUUUUCGGAUAAAACCGGAACUUUAACUCAAAAUGUCAUGGAAUUCCGUAAGUGCACGAUCAACGGAAUAUCUUAUGGGUUAGGUGAAACUGAUACUACACGCGGUGCUAAGCUUGCAGAUAACUAUCAAAAGUCGGAUUCUAAAGAUGAUGUUGAUCUUGAGGCAGAAAAAAAAUUAAUGUUAACCGAAAUGUCUAAAUUAUUUGAUAAUCGUUAUAUUUCAUCAAAUCUCACAUUUAUUGAUUCGAAACUAUAUCGAGAUUUGAAAGCAGAAGACAAACAAUCCAAAUCUAUAAAGGACUUCUUUUCGGCUCUUGCUCUAUGUCAUACCGUUCUUGUAGAACAUCCUGAUGAAAAUAAUCUUUUCAAGAUUGAAUAUAAAGCACAAUCUCCUGAUGAAGCUGCCCUUGUUGGUUGUGCGAGAGAUGCUGGUUUCGUAUUUCUUGAACGUUAUCAAGACACUUUGGUUAUAGAGAUGUUGGGUGAACGUAAAGAAUUCACCUUGUUAAAUGUAUUAGAAUUUAACAGCACGCGUAAAAGAAUGUCCGUCAUUUUAAGACCUCCCGAAGGUGGUGUUGUCUUGUUAUGCAAAGGUGCCGAUAGUGUGAUUUAUGAACGGCUUGAAAAAGGUCGCCAAACAAAGCUGAGGGAAGAAACUUUGUCUGAUUUAGAAGUUUUCGCCAAUGAAGGUCUUCGUACACUUUGUAUUGCUUAUCGUGUCAUACCAGAUGAAGAAUACAAUGUAUGGGCUAAAAAAUAUGCAGAAGCUGCUUCAAGUAUCAAUGACCGUGAGGAAAAAGUUGAGGAAGCCUGUGAAAUGAUUGAACAUUCUUUGACUUUGAUGGGUGGUACUGCAAUCGAAGAUCGCCUUCAGGAAGGUGUUCCUGAAUGUAUAGCCACUUUAGCUAAAGCGGGAAUUAAAAUUUGGGUACUUACCGGUGACAAGACGGAGACUGCCAUUAAUAUUGGUUUUGCUUGUAAUUUAUUACAGAAAGACAUGCUUUUAAUUGUUAUUACUGCAUCCGACAAACAAGGAGCAAAACGUCAAUUAGAUGAAGCUCUCAAAAAAUUUUUUGGAUCAAACAUUGAAAAUAAAAGUAGUAAACAUGCUCUCAUCAUUGAUGGCGAAACUCUCAAAUACGCUUUGGAUAAGAAUAUUAAACCCUUAUUUUUAGAACUUGGAAAGAGAUGUCAAAGCGUCGUUUGUUGUCGGGUUAGUCCUUUACAAAAAGCUAAAGUUGUUGGCAUGGUAAAAGAAGGAUUAAAUGUUAUGACUCUAUCUAUUGGAGAUGGUGAGUGA